AUGGCUGGUGGGAGAGGCAGCAUUUGGCUGGUCUGUGUCUGCUGGAGGAGGGGUGGAGACGUGGAGUCGAUGACUGGUAAAGGAGAAGCUGGUUGUGGAAGUGUGAAGGGAGGAAAGAAAGGAAUUGCGGGAGGUGGAGGUGGUGAAGCAUCAACAGAUAGUGCUGGAGAUGGCAUGGUAGGUACGAGCAGCGGCUGGGAGAAGUCUGUUGGUGGUGUAGGAAAUAUAGAGAAGUCUGUUGGUGGCGGAGGAAAUGGGCGUGAUGACGAAGGAACAAGACGUGGGGCAGGAUAUAUGGGAAGGAAAGGCGGCAGUGUAAUUGUGGUCGGAGGUGGGGGUGAAGCUACAAGAAGAGGCGGGGGUGGUGGUGAUGCUACAAGUGGUGGUGGAAGUGGUGUAAAUACCGGUGGCGGUGGUGAAGGAACUAGAGGUGGUGAUGGUAGAAAGAUGGAUGGGGUUGGUGAAGGUGGUGGUAGUCGGAAGAUUGGUGGUGGCAAUGGUGGGGCCAGCGGCACCGGUAUGGGAGGUGGAGGACACUGA